AUGGCCAGAACGGUUCAAACUGACAGGAAGGAGAUGUGUAACUUACAGAUUGUGCUUGUGUUGUGUGUGGUGGUUAUGGCCGCUGCUGACAAGCGUCCCUCCUUCUCCUAUGGUCCUCCCAGGGUGUUUUCUGAUGAAUCUUUUGAGUCAAGUGAAGCCAAAUACAACUUCAACUGGGCUGUUGACCACGACCCUUCAGGUAAUGAGUUCGGUCACCAGGAGAGCCGCGACGGUGACGACACUCAGGGGUCGUACUACGUGCAGCUCCCCGAUGGUCGUCUUCAGAAGGUGACUUUCCUAGUUGACGGUGACUCGGGCUACCAGGCUCAGGUGACUUACGAGGGAGAGGCUCGCUACUCUGAUGAGUCUCGCUCCUUCGAGUCCCUUGAGUACGCCCCACGUAGACCCGUGUAUGGUUAGACUCUGAGAGCACUACCAGUCCCUAGAGUACGUCCCGCGCAGACCCGUGUACGGCUAGACUCUUAGAACACUACCAGUCCCUAGAGUACGCCCCGCGAAUGCCCGUGUACGACUACAUUUUGAGGACACUACAAGUCCCUAAAGUACGACCCACGAAACUGCAUGUACGACUGAAGCCUGAAAACAGCCUAUUAUCUCGAGAAAAUCAAUUUUUAGUCUAAACACACAUACAAAUAAUUCCGAAAACCUAAUUUCUAAGUGUUGUUAUAUACAGUGACGCAACAUAAUAUAUUCUGUCACAAUG